AGCCGCCGCCCGCCGAGGCACCGCCGGUAACGGCCGAGGCGGGAGCGGCCGCAGCCCCGCCGCCCCUCCGCCCCUCCGCGCCCUGCGGCGCCCGCCGAGACCCGCGGAGCUGCAGCCGGAGGUGAUGUGAACUAGUGUGCGGCAGAAAUUUGGACUGGACGAUGAUCACCAGAGGUCCCUUGAGAACAUUUCUGUGAGUCUAUAAUGCAUCAUGUAGAGGAAUCUAUGGAAUGGAGUGUAUGAUAAGAGAUAUAUUGUGCGGCUGUUCUUGGAGAGGCCGGGGCUGCUAUAGCGACGCGGAGGACGCCGGCGCUGAGCGGAGCCGCAGGGACGGAGCCCGGGCAUGCCCUUCUCCCAGCGCACCUAUCACCCGCCUGCAACCGGGCCUGGCGCGGGGCCGGCGGCGUUUCCCGCAUUCCAGUUCCGCGUGCGGCACGAGAACCCGGACUGGCGGCGGCUGAGCACCGUGGACGUGGAGCGGGUGGCGCGGGAGGGGGACGUGUCGGUCCUGCAGGCGCUCCUGGAGCAUGUCACCUUCUGCAACGCCGAGCGGGAGUGCUGCCCGCACUGCCAGGGCCCCGCAGACCCGCUGCUGCUGAAGCUGCUGCGCCUGGCGCAGCUCUCUACCGAGUACCUGCUGCACUCCCAGGAGUACCUCAGUGCCCAGCUCGGCAGCCUGGAGGAGGCUCUGAGAGAGACACAGGCCCAGCGUGACCAGCUGGCCAAGGAGGUGGCCCAGCGCUCGCAGGAGAUCCAGGGGCUUAAGGAGGAAUGCCGGCGGAGAAAGAAGAUGAUCAGCACCCAGCAGAUGAUGCUGGAGGCACGAGCCAACUACCACCAGUGUCCAUUUUGUGAAAAGGCUUUUAUGACCUAUUCCUUUUUACAAAGUCACAUUCAAAGACGUCACCCAGGAGAGUCUGAGAUCGAACAGAAGAAGAAAGGAAAUAUAGAAAAAUUGCAGGAUGAGAUUGAAAAACUGAAGGAGCAAUUGCAGCUCACCAAGUCCCAGUUAGAGUUUGAACAACAGGCUAAUUUGGCCAGGUUGUCUAAGGAAUGCGAGCAGCAAAAAUCAAAAGAAGAAGAGUUUCUACAAUCAUUUCAUAGAUGGAAAGACGAGGAAAGAGAGAAAUUUGCUGAUCAAAUAGAAAAAGUGAAAGAUAUGUUUACAAAAGAGCUUAAGGACUUACAUUCAAGAAAUUCAACCUUAGAAAAUCAACUGUUAGAAUUACAAAAGUCCAAUAUGCAACAAAAAUCCAAUUUAGGAACACUGAAAGACAGCCAUGAGUUUACAGAGGAGAAACCUCAUCAUCUUCGGGAUCAUCCAUAUGUGGUUAAACUUCUGGAAAAACAGGAAAAAAAGUGGGUGUCUUGUAUGCAAGCCAAGUGUCAUGACCAUGAGACAGAAACGUCCCUGCUACGGUCAGAGGUUGAGAACACCAAAACAUCAGCGAGGGAAGACCUGAACAGAAAUAACAUCUUUUACAGGAAGAGGAUAGAAGAAUUGGAGAAGAGGCUUCAGGAGCAGAAUGAUCUGAUUAUUAGUCAGAGGAAGCAGAUAAGAGAAUUGUCUGUGAAACCAGCUCCAAGUGUUAAAACAUAUGAUGUGAACACUUCUGUAGAGCGUCUUCAAGAAUCUAAACCAACUCCAUCAAUUCCCCCACCUGAAAUUGAGAAAAUUGAUCUAAAACCAGACAGAAGUAAGCACUAUUUAAUAAAUGCUCUGAAGUCUGAUCCUUCUUUAACUAAAGAAUUGCGAGUUGUUUUGGAGCAAGCUCUGGAGGAGAAGCUGGAAUCCUUGGGAAUUAAAGCAGGUGUUCGUGGAAUAUCAAGUGAUCGCUUAAAUAAAAUUUUGCGAGCUAUUGAAUAUGCCAGAGAACGCAAAGGGAAGCAUGAGCCCGCCAUUCAAGGAAUUCGAGAGCGCCUUGAACGUCAAGUUGGCCUUCGGGUUGAAGAGAGAUCAUUAUCUUCUAGCAGAUCUGAUGCCUGUGCUCAUCUUCCUGGCGAAGAAAAACAUAGGUGCCACCCAUUGGGAAUUUCCUCGCUUGCCACACCUCCAAAACCAUCCAAGUGGUCUCCAUCAGCUGUCCACCCACCUGGACAAAGAGCAGUCAUCCCUGACUAUAGUUCUACACCAAACCCCAGGAAGAUUCUUGGAAGUGGAGCUUCCAGAAAGACAUCUAGCAUCACAACACCACCAUUCAGUUCAGAGGAAGAAGCUGAUGAAGAUGAUAUGAAACAGUCUGAUGUAGCACCAGAGGCAUUGCAAAAGCAGUCAAAACCAUCAAGCAGCAUAGUCCAUGCUUUUCAGAAGCCUUUUGGCAAAAGCAAUGGGGAUGGGAUGGAGGAAAAUGGACCUCAAGAAACCGGAACACCUGCCAAAACUUCCAAAGGAACAGUUAUUCAAAAACUGACCAAACAAGUUGGAGAGAGUCUUUCUAACCAUGGAAGUAAGAACAAACCAGCUGGAGGAAUUAAUGUUGCACAGGCAUUUACUAAGAAAGAAGGCGUGAAAGAACUAAAGCUCGCAGAAGCUGAUGAAGAUGAUUGGGAUAUUUCAUCAGUAGAAGAAGACAUUUUAUUGAUGAAAGAGAACAGAGGUCAGAAGGCAAUGACUGUUCAGAAAAACGAGGCCAGUGCUGCAUCUGUGGUACAUGCAUGGGGCCUUCCCAAGAAGAGUGCACCAAAGGAGGAAGGCCUUCAUGAAGCUGAUAAUACAAGCACGUUAAAAAGCAGCUUAGUCACUGUAACAGACUGGAGUGAUUCUUCAGACGUAUAAUUGUUCCAUUCCUGAUUGAUUGGAGGUCCUGCUUUCGGGUUCUGCUGGGGUUCAAAAUGCAGGUGAUGAAAACAUCAAGUGUUUCCCAGUAAUUUCUCUCAUUGGUCCUGUAAUAACAAGGAAUACUGUUUACGGAGCUCUUGUGUCUUUCAAUCUGACUCUGAAAAAGGAUAUUGAAAUAUGCAUUACUGACCAUGUCUAUUUGGAAACAAAGUAAUUCUUCUUUCUUUUUGUGACAGUUUAACCCCAGCCAAGCCCCAUGCAAACACUCACUCCCUCACCUGUGGAACUGGGGAGAGACUUGAAAGAGUAAAAGUGAGAAAACUCGUGGGUUGAGAUCAAGGCAGUUUGAUAGGAAAAGCAAAAGCCACACACACAAGCAAAGCAAAACAAGGAAUUAAUUCACUGCUGACAUGGGCAGACAGGUGUUCAGCCAUACCAGGAGAACAGGGCCCCAUCACAUGUAAUGGUGGCUUGGGAAGACAAAUGCCAUCACUUCAAAUGUCUUCCUCUUCCUCCCUUUUCCCCUGCUGUAUAUACUGUGCAUGAUGUCACAUGGUCUGGAAUAUGCCUUUGGUCAGUUUGAGUCACCUGUCCCACCUGUGUCCCCUCCAAACCUCCUGUGCACCCCCAGUCCUCACUGAUGUGGUGGUAUGAAAAACAGAAAAGGCUCUGUGCAAGCCCUGCUCAGCAAUACCAAAAACAUCUCUGUUACCAACUCUGUGUCUAGCACAAAUCCAAGACACAGCCCCAUACCAGCCACAGUGAAGACAAUUACCUCUACCCCAGCCAAAACCUGCACACUCAUGAGUUCAGUGGUGAAAGUCUCUUUCAUUUCUCUGAGGUGAAGAUUUUGCCUCUAAUGUUUACAUUAAAGAUUGAAACUGGUCUUGCAAGAAAGCCUGUUAACCAAUGAACAGAAUAUACUGCAGAGUAUUACUUUAUACAAUCUUUAAUGCAUAUUUUUUAUAUUUUAUCAUGAACUUUAUAUAAAAUUGUCAACAUUUUAAAGAAAAUAUGUCCAUGUAUUAAACUAUUAAGUUUCUACCAUGGUUUACAAUAAACACUAAAUGAAAAGAAAAAAGCCUCAGCUCUAAAACUAAUCAUCAUUAAAUGCCU